AUGGAUGCUUCUCCGGAACACCGUGACCAUGAAGAUCGUUCGAAGAGGAGACGCGACGAGAGCGCGGGCGAGAACACUCUGCCGCCUCCUCCUCCCGAAGCUGGACUGCCGCCACCGCCUCCGCCGCCUCUGAGUGAUAGCCCACGUCGUAGGUCUGAAAGGCGAGACCGCUCUUACGACCGAGAUCGCAGAUAUCCUGAUAGGCCGCCAAGGCCUCGCGACCCUCGCGACGAAUUUGAUGACCCGCUGCGUCCUCGUCGGGACGAAAGGAGACGUCCACCCCCAGACGAUGACAGGGACCGCCACAGCAGCCGCGGUAGAAGCCACCCUCCACUCCCUGCCGAUGCUGCUGCCGCUGCUGCUGCUGCUAUCAAACGUGCUUCUCCCAGUUACGAGGCACCUGUCGAGGAGCCUUUCAACCCAGAUGAACCCAAAGAAGACGAUUCGGAGCAGCGGUCUGUUUUCGUUUCUCAGUUGGCUGCGCGGCUUACUGCGCGAGAUCUGGGCUAUUUCUUCGAAGAUCAUCUCGGCGAAGGAAGUGUCAUGGAUGCGAGGAUUGUAACGGACAGGCUGUCGAGACGUUCCAAGGGUAUCGGUUAUGUCGAGUUACGCACAAUUGAACUCGUCGACAAAGCUAUUGCUCUUUCGGGCACGGUUGUCAUGGGUCUUCCUAUCAAAGUGCAGUUUACUGAAUCCGAGAGAAAUAGGACCCAUGCAGGGGAUGGGAGCCUCAACCUUCCGCCUGGCGUCAGCGCAUCUCACGGACCUAUGCAGCUCUAUGUCGGUUCUCUGCACUUUAAUCUUACCGAAUCAGACAUCAAGCAGGUAUUCGAGCCGUUUGGAGAACUUGAAUUUGUGGAUCUUCAUAGGGAUCCUAUGACCGGGCGCAGCAAAGGAUACGCCUUCGUUCAAUACAAGAGGCGCGAGGAUGCGAAAAUGGCUCUUGAGCAGAUGGAGGGCUUUGAGCUCGCUGGCCGUACACUUCGCGUGAACACUGUUCACGAAAAGGGUUCCGUUAAAUAUACCCAGCAGGAUUCUCUCGAUGAAGCCGGAGGCGGUAAUUUGAAUGCAGCAUCACGUCAAGCGCUAAUGCAGAAACUUGCUAGGAUUGAGCCUGCACCUACGCGAGAGGAGCCUGUUUCGCGUCCCAACAUACCUCAGAUGAUGCAGUCCAAAUCUGUACUACUAAGGAAUAUGUUCAACCCUGCAGAUGAGAUUGAACGUGAUUGGGACAAGGACUUGGCUGACGACGUCAAAGGGGAGUGCGAGCGACGAUAUGGCAAGAUAGAUGCUAUCAAAGUCGAGAAGGACUCUGAGGGCGAGAUCUACGUGCGAUUUGACUCAGUCGAGUCUGCCAAAAAUGCCGUGGAAGGCUUAAACGGACGAUUCUUUGGAGGCCGCCAAAUCUCGGCCCACUUCAUAUCCGACGCCAUCAUGCAAGCCCAUAUCUGA